AUGAGCCAUCUCACACAAAAAGACGAAACCGUCCUUCGGGGAGCCCAGCAUACUGAGUUCAGUUUUGGUGAUUUUGACCAUUCCAACAUCCCGUUGGAGGAAAAAAGAUGGCCGGUCAUCAUAAUUGGUUCCAGCAUGGUGGGAAUGACCCUAAGCAUUCUGCUGGGGUACUAUGGUAUUGAAUCCAUUUCCUUCGAUCGACAUCCCUCGACGGCGACGCAUCCUCGCGCCGCACUGUUUUUAUUAAGAACAAUGGAGAUUUUUAGGCAUUUGGGCUUGGAUGGUGAAAUGGAAACCGAGAGCGCAUCAGACUUCGACUUGAACGCGGGAAUGCUAAUCGUCGACAAACUCAUUGGAGGGAAAGUUCUUACUAGAAUGCAGGAAGCGGACCUCGCUCGAACUGCCAAGUUUACACCAUCCAAGCGUCUGUGGUUGACUCAAAAUAUGUUCGAGCCGUUGCUUCGUCGUGAGGCGCAUCGUUUCGGGGCAGAGCAAUGUUUUGGAACCCGGGUCGUGCACUACGAGGAGCAGGAAGACGGAGUGAUUGUUGUUUGUCAAGAUAUGAAGUCAGAGAAACAUAUCAAGUACAAGACACAGUACCUGGUGGCCUGCGAUGGAAAUCGGAGUGCCACCCGGCGGAAAGAAGGCAUUGAGUGGAAAGGCCUGGGAAUUUUCGGCAACAACCUGUCGAUCAACUUCAAGGCGAAUCUUACACCCUACCUGGGCUCGCGUGCUGUGCAUGGCGUUACAUACGUGAACAACAAAGACGUGUCUGCUGGCUUUAGACUUGAGAAUGGGGGCAAGGGAUGA